UUAUUUACAAAUGAUAAUGACAACAAGAAAGAAGCCAAAAUGGAAGAAGGAAAACAAGUACAAAAGAUAUUAACAAAACAAGAUGAGACAACAGAGGAAGAAGAACCCUCGUCUAUUGAAAUUGAUUUUACUCAAGCAUCGGAGAUUGAUAACGGAGGUAAUUACAUAAAAAUAUUAAUUUUGAAUUUAAUUCAAAAAAAUUUUUUUUUGAAUUCCUCGAAACUUUUUAAUUUUUCUAAAUUUUUGAAAAUUAUUUUUCAAAUUUUUUUGAUUAUUUAA